AUUUCGGCGCUGGACAUUCGUGUAGGUCGGGUAUUGAAAGUCUGGGAACACCCGGAAGCCGACAAGCUCUACUGCGAAGAGAUUGACGUCGGCGAAGACGAACCGCGACAGAUUGCUUCCGGUCUGCGACCGCACCUGCAACCCGAAGACAUUGACGGCCGGCUGGUUCUGGUCUUGUGUAAUUUGAAGGAACGUAAACUGGUCGGUUUUGCCAGUCACGGCAUGGUGUUGUGCGCGUCGAACGCGGACCACUCGGAGGUGCGGUUGGUAAAUCCGCCGGUGGACGCCCGGAUUGGCGAACGCGUGUCAAUUCCGGAUUUCGACUUUACCAGCGAAGAGGGCGCACCGUUUGCCGAAAAUAAGGUGGGCAAGAAGAAGAUUGUGGAGCAGCUGGCACCGUAUCUGGUCACGAACCGGUACGGUGUACCGGAGUUUUUGGGACGACCGUUCGUAACGAGCGCUGGUGUUUGCACCACGUCCAUUCCGGAUGGCACCGUAAGCUAA